AUGGCCUCAUGGGCAGAAACCGAUGCGCGGCUUCGCAGCGCAAAGCGAGGUGGCUUCUCCGAUGAAUCUGAACGUCCGGUGCUGUCAGUUUGUCCGUUUGUUUUCCCAUCCUCCUCCUUGGACUACGCGCCUAAGCAAUAUAGUACGUUGGCACUAGGGAUAAAAAAACGUGCUUUACAGCUCGGCGCCCAGCGCCUACAUAAUGACCGGCCUCUCAAGGUUCUGAUCUCGUCUUCUAUCCAUCCACCAUCUCCUGUGUUAUCAGUCCCUCUUCGGCUUCCUAGAGUUCCAGCUGGUGUUGAUCGCACAGAGACGAAGGGUGCGCCAGUUCUUGCUGUAACCGGCCAUGAGCUACCAGCCUUCAGCGUACCCGCCACCGGGCACGGCGUACCCUCCGCCGGGCCAGCAGGCGUACCCACCGCCGGCCUACGGCGCGCCGCCUCCCAUGGCCGGGUACCCGCCCCCGCCGCCGCCGCCGCAGGAGUCCAAGGGCAGCAACGACGGCUUCAUGAAAGGAUGCUUGGCGGCCAUCUGCUGCUGCUGCCUACUCGACAUGUGCUUCUGAUCUCUCAUCAGGUGUGAUGGCGCGUCCAGACUGAUCAUGCAGGGAGGCAGGCGAAUGGAGCUGUUUCUGAGUCAUGAUGCGUCUUUGUUUCCAUCACUGUAUUUGUUUUGCCCUUGUUUAUGAAUUUAUGAUCAUGGUGUUGGUGUACCUACAAACUACUUGAUCUAGGUUUUUCCUUCCUUCUUUUUGGAGUUCCAUGUGUGUGCUCUGAAAAAAAAAACAUCUCCGAUCAAUCUGUACUUGGUUUGGUGCUUGAUUAUUGCCGUACUCCACGCCUCCA